AUGUACUUUGAAGCUUCAAAGAUGCAAAAAAAUAUUCCUCACAAAAACCUUUCAGAUCCAAUAAAGAAUGUAGAGGAUAAAUGGGAACUUUUACCUGCUUUUUUAAAGGUAAAAGGUCUAGUAAAACAACAUAUAGAUUCUUUUAACUAUUUCGUCGAAACUGAAUUAAAAAAAAUAGUGCAGGCUAACGAUGUCAUUACCUCGGAUGUUGAUCCUACAUUUUGGUUAAAAUAUCUUGAUAUUAAAGUUGGCCCCCCAGAACGUCCAGAUCAUGAUCAUGAAACUCACCAGACCAUCUUUACCCCUCAUGAAUGUAGACUUCGUGAUCUAACUUACUCGGGAAAUAUUAUGGUGGAUGUAGAAUAUGUCCGUGGAAAAUCUAGAAUAAUACGCAGAAACACCAUUAUUGGAAAAAUGCCAAUAAUGCUUAGAAGUUCAAAAUGUGUACUAACUGGUAAAACUGAAGCACAACUGGCUAAAAUGUAUGAAUGUCCUUUGGAUCCAGGUGGUUAUUUUAUUGUUAAAGGCACAGAAAAGGUGAUUUUAAUUCAAGAACAAUUGUCAAAGAAUCGAAUUAUUGUUGAAGGUGACAAAAAAGGUCUUGUACAAGCUUAUGUUACGAGUUCUACACAUGAAAGAAAAAGUAAAACUUAUAUAGUGGCAAAAAAUGAUUUAAAAAAUGAUAAAAUUACAUUAAAACAUAAUUCGAUUUCUGAAGAAAUUCCUAUAGUUAUAGUCAUGAAGGCUAUGGGUAUUCAGUCUGAUAAGGAAAUUGCACAAUUGAUAUCCGGAGGAAAUCAAACAUUUUUAAAUAUGUUCUCACCAAAUAUUGAACAAUGUGCAAAAAUGAAAAUCUUUACACAAAAACAAGCUUUAGAUUAUAUUGGCAGCAAAGUUAAGGUGACAAGAAAAAUUGCAAAUGUUAGAAGACCUAUGGCUGAAGAAGCUUUAGAAAUUUUAGCAACAGUUGUACUUGCACAUGUACCAGUACAAAAUUUAAACUUUCAACCAAAAUGCAUUUACAUUGCUAUAAUGAUACGCCGUGUACUAAUGGUGAUGGCUAAGGAAUCUUUAGUUGAUGAUAGAGAUUAUGUUGGAAAUAAAAGAUUAGAGUUAGCAGGAUCUUUGUUGGCUCUUUUAUUUGAAGACUUAUUCAAAAAAUUUAAUUUUGAUCUUAAAUUGAAUAUUGACAAGUUAUUGAAAAAACCUAAUAGAGCAACUGAAUUUGAUGCUCAUAAACAGUUAAUGCAACAUGGUGACAGUAUUACAAAUGGAUUCGUCCGAGCAAUUGCUACAGGAAACUGGACAUUAAAACGUUUCAAGAUGGAAAGAGCUGGUAUCACACAUGUGCUUAGUAGAUUAAGUUAUAUUUCAGCAUUAGGAACCAUGACAAGAAUUACUUCUCAAUUUGAAAAAACAAGGAAAAUUAGCGGACCUCGAGCUCUUCAGCCAUCACAGUGGGGUAUGCUGUGUCCCGCUGAUACACCUGAAGGUGAGGCAUGCGGUUUAGUUAAAAAUCUUGCACUAAUGACUCAUAUAACAACCGAUGAUGAAGAAGAACCAUUAAAACGUUUGGCUUUCAAUUUGGGAGUUGAAGACAAUUCCUAUAUGGUAUUUCUUAAUGGUCUUAUGCUUGGAAUUACGCGUCAGCCACAUGAAUUUGUUCAAGAUUUCCGUCGUUUACGCCGUUGUAGAAGAGUUUCAGAAUUUGUUAGCAUUUAUGUAAAUCAUCAUCAUUCAGCUGUACACAUAGCUUCUGAUGGCGGAAGAGUUUGUCGGCCAUUGAUUAUAGUAGAAAACAAGUUACCAAAAGUUACCUCAUACCAUAUUCAAAAAUUAAAGCGAAAUGAAAUGCGAUUUUCUGAUUUCUUGGCUCAAGGACUUAUAGAAUAUUUGGAUGUAAAUGAAGAAAACGAUUCUAAUAUAGCAAUUUAUGAGCGUGAAAUUGUUGAACAAACUACGCAUUUAGAAAUCGAGCCUUUUACUAUUUUAGGCGCAGUCGCGGGUCUAAUUCCAUAUCCACACCAUAAUCAAAGUCCCAGGAACACGUAUCAAUGUGCUAUGGGCAAACAAGCAAUUGGUGCUAUUGCAUAUAAUCAACUUCGUAGGAUAGACACGCUGUUAUAUCUUAUGGUUUAUCCUCAACAGCCAUUAGUCAAAACAAAAACCAUAGAAUUGGUAGGAUAUGAUAAGCUUCCAGCAGGUCAAAAUGCCAUGGUUGCUGUUAUGAGUUAUUCUGGAUAUGAUAUCGAAGAUGCUUUAGUGUUAAAUAGGGUAAGAAAUUUAAUUUACUUGAUGAGAAAGCACGUGUCAUUAAUGAAAAGAUACUCGAAUGGAUCGUUUGAUCGUAUAGGUGAUCCGCCCGUUAAAUCAGAUUUACCACUAGGGCCUUCUGCUGAUCGAUUCAACAUACUAGAGAUAGAUGGUAUUGCAGGAGUUGGUGAAAGAGUUCAUUCUGGGCAAGUAAUUGUUAAUCGUCAUACACCUACUAAUCUUAACGCCAACAUACCUGUUAAUAUGCCAAUCGCAACUGCACCGACAAUUCAAUUCACAUGGAAACACGCUCCUUUAAUUUACAAGGCUCCAGAACCUGGUUAUAUAGACAAAGUGUGCAUCACCACCACUGAACAGGAACAAACUCUUAUCAAAGUUUUGAUUAGACAAACGCGUGUUCCAGAAUUGGGCGACAAGUUUUCAUCAAGACACGGACAGAAAGGUGUUUGUGGUAUAAUUGUACCUCAAGAAGAUAUGCCAUUUACGGACAAUGGUAUCUGCCCAGAUAUUAUCAUGAACCCACAUGGUUUUCCAUCACGUAUGACAGUAGGUAAAAUGAUUGAAUUGUUGGCUGGUAAAGCCGGAAUUCUUAAAGGUGAAUUACAAUACGGCACAGCAUUCGGUGGAAGUAAAGUUGAAGAUAUGAGUCAAAUAUUAAUUGAACAUGGAUACAGUUAUUCUGGCAAGGAUUAUGUGACAUCAGGUAUUACGGGAGAGCCUUUAUCUGCAUAUAUAUUUUUUGGCCCGGUGUAUUAUCAGAAAUUAAAACAUAUGGUAGUAGAUAAGAUGCAUGCUCGUGCUCGAGGACCACGUGCUGUAUUAACACGACAACCAACUGAAGGUCGUUCGAGAGAUGGAGGAUUAAGAUUGGGUGAAAUGGAACGUGAUUGUUUAGUUGGUUAUGGAGCCAGUAUGUUACUUAUGGAAAGAUUAAUGAUUUCAUCGGAUCAAUUUGAUGUUCACGUAUGUGAAAAAUGUGGAUUGAUAGGAUAUCGAGGAUGGUGUCAACAUUGUAAAUCUAGUAAACAUAUUGUCACUUUACAAAUGCCAUAUGCAGCAAAACUAUUAUUUCAAGAACUCCAGAGUAUGAAUAUAGCACCACGGUUGAUCUUAGAAGAGUUUUAA